AUGGCAGCAGUGACAACACGGACAGGAGCAGGACAUGCGACCGGGAAUCUCGAUGCUGCCACCCUUCGCCUUACUAGCGAUUACGACAUCUAUCAUUGUCCGAGUGAACGACCGGACGCGCAGCAGCAUACUGCUCGGCUAGUCACCGUUGCUGGCCGCCCUCAGCGCGAAGCACAACCGCCAGAGUUCAAUCCCACUCUUGCACCGCACCCUCCAGUUGCCUACCCGGUGUCCAACCCAGCAUGGUGGCCCCGGGUAUAUCGUCGAGUUCCCGACUAUCGCCCCGUGAAUAGAGAGCUCGACCGCGAGCAGAGGCGGCAGAGGCCGCUUUUCCAGGCCGUGGGCACGUUUAUGAUCGCGGGAUGUUCCAUGAUUGCAAACUGGUCGUCGCUGUGGAGAAGCACAGCUGGAAAGGUCACCAACCUCGGGGUUGGAAGAAUAGGUGGUGAAUUUUGA